AUGGAAGCUUGCAGGAAAAUCUGCUUGGACGAUUGCCUUUGCCAAGGAUUCGCCUACAGGCUAACAGGAGAAGGGAACUGUUACGCAAAAAGUACCCUUUUCAAUGGCUACAAGUCCUCCAACUUCCCUGGGAGUUUAUAUUUAAAACUGCCUGUGGAUGUCGAAACGUCAGCACCCACUGUCCUUAAUGGUUCUGAUCUCAUAUGCGAGUCCAAGGAGGUUGAGGUUGUGCACAGUUCUUCUGUGUAUGACACUGCCAGUAAAAAGAUGAGAUGGGUUUAUCUCUACUCAUUUGCUUCUGCCAUUGGUGCCAUAGUAGUUCUCUUUAUUGUGUCAGGUUGGUGGUUUCUUUUCAGGGUACAUAAUGUGCCAUCUUCAGCUGAAGAUGGAUAUGGUCCGAUAUCAAGCCCGUUCAGGAGAUUUAGCUACACCGAACUCAAGAAGGCAACCAACAAUUUCAAAGUGGAGCUUGGAAGAGGAGGCUUUGGGGCUGUUUAUAAGGGUGUUUUGGUGGAUGAAAGGGCAGUAGCAGUGAAGAAAUUGGGAGAUUCCACUCAAGGGGAAGGGGAGUUUUGGGCUGAAGUAAGCACAAUCGGAAAAAUCUAUCACAUGAACCUAGUCAGAAUGUGGGGAUUCUGUUCAGAGGGUAGACACAGACUUGUAGUCUACGAGCAUGUAGAAAAUCUGUCACUGGAUAAGCAUCUCUUCAGCACGAGUUGUCUGGGAUGGAAAGAGAGGUUUAACGUUGCAGUGGGGACAGCGAGGGGUUUAGCCUACCUUCACCAUGAGUGUCUAGAAUGGGUUAUCCACUGUGACGUGAAGCCUGAAAAUAUACUUCUAGACAAUGGGUUUGAACCAAAGAUUGCAGAUUUUGUGCUAGCCAAGCUGUCUCAGAGAGGUGGCCCCGGUUCAGGAGAAUUCUCUCGGAUUCGGGGGACUAAAGGGUACAUGGCUCCAGAGUGGGCUAUGAAUCUUCCAAUUACGGCAAAAGUUGAUGUUUAUUGCUAUGGAGUUGUGGUUUUAGAGAUGGUGAGGGGAAUUCGGCUUUCGAAAUGGGUGGGUGAGGAUGGCGAGGAGCAGGAAGCUGAGCUUACGAGGUUUGUCAGGGUAGUGAAAAGGAAAAUUCAAUAUGGAGAAGACAAUUGGGUAGAGGAUACAGUGGACCCAAGAUUGAAGGGGAAGUUUAGCAGGCAGCAGGCAGCCAUGUUGGUCGAAAUAGGUAUUUCUUGUGUGGAGGAAGAUAGAAGUAAACGACCAACAAUGGCCACCGUAGUGCAAGUUCUACUGGAAUGUGAUGCCCAAGUCCAAACCCUGGACUUGGAGUAA